UAACAGACAUCCACAAUGAAAGAUAUCUAGUCUAGUGGGGCUUAAAUCGGCCCAAUUUGGAUAAUUAGGUCAAACCAAAUGCAAACGAUAAAACCCAAUGCUUUCAUGGUUGCUUCUCUUUUUACGUGGGAUCAGAUGAGAAGCUCUGAUAUUCGUUCGGAUUGCGUUAGCAUUGGCUUGUGAGGAUUAUCAUUCAUUCGAGUGGAGAAUCCUAAGAUGGAGUGCAUAUAUUCAUCUUCUUCCAUCUCCAUUCCUCUUUCUUCCCAAUUGACUCAUCCGAGUCGCCACCUUAAACCCAAUUCUUUGUCAUGGUCUUCCUCCUUAUCCAAGCUUCACCUCUCUGUCACUGUCCCCCCUGUUCCCUUUUCCAUUCGCCACAAGGAUUCGACUGUUUCAGCAACCUGGUCCAGGAGAUCCCGAGCUGAGCUUGCAAAAAGGCCUAACAGGAAGUCAUGGAAGCAAAGAACAGAUAUGUACAUGAGACCAUUUUUACUAAAUGUUUUCUUUUCAAAGCGAUUCAUCCACGCCAAAGUGAUGCACAGGUAUACAAGCAAAGUGAUAUCAGUUGCAAGCACAAACGCCAAGGACCUGAGGCUGCUGUAUUUGCUAUGUCUUAUGAUCCCCAAAAGAAUGACAGGAUUGAGGGUAAACUUGGGAUUGUCCUCGACACUAUUAAGGAGAGCGGGAUUAUUUUUUAUUACGCAUAGUUCAUGUUUUUGUGAAACAAUGAGUGCAAAACUACUUGUUUUGCUCUGAAUUUCGUAGGCAAUGCCAAAUGACACAAUCACUUCUGCUUUGGGCCUUUGGCUAGUUUAAAUUCUUGAAAAGUUUUUGGAAAACUUUCUGAGUUGUCCUUGAGGAAAUGACAUAUGUACCAUGGUUAACACUUAAUAAGGGUUUCCCAGUUGCUAUUGCAUUUCAGAUGUAUAAUCAAAGCAUUGAAAUCAAAAUAGGGGCGAAC